GUUGUCAGGCUAAUCUGCCGCGAGUCCUCCGGAGGACUCGGUUUUCCCUUUGGGGACUUUUUCUUCUUCUUCUCUAAGUUUGGUCCCGGAACCGCUUCGAGUUUCAGCUGGUGGCUCGUCCGCACAAGGUUUCUCCCUGUCGGGGAGCAGCAUAGCUUGGAAAGUCUUAUUUGAUUGGUAAGAAUAAGGGACGUUCCGGCGAUGGAGGGGGAUCAACAGCAAGAGACUGCUGCCGAACCAGAACCAUUACCUAAUGCAGAAGGCGAUGGGCCAGAAGAUGCUUCAGACAUUGCAUCAAAUAUUUCUGAUGCAGAUGCCUUAAAGAUACUUCUGGAGAUGAAGAUGAAGAAGAGACAAAAGAAGCCCAGCCUUCCAAGCACCGUGACGGAAUUUGCAACGGAAGAGGGCUCCAAAGUUUAUGUCGUUGGCACGGCCCACUUCAGCGAUAGCAGCAAAAAAGAUGUAGUAAAGACAAUACAGGAGGUACAGCCUGAUGUGGUUGUGGUCGAGCUGUGCCAGUAUAGAGUUUCUAUGUUAAAAAUGGAUGAAAGAACUUUGCUAAAGGAAGCCAAAGAAAUCAACCUGGAGAAGCUUCAGCAAGCUAUAAAGCAGAAUGGGCUCAUGUCUGGAUUGAUGCAAAUGCUGCUACUGAAGGUGUCUGCACAUAUCACGGAACAAUUAGGAAUGGCUCCCGGAGGUGAAUUCAGGGAAGCUUUCAAAGAGGCGAGUAAAGUGCCUUUCUGCAAGUUUCAUCUUGGAGAUAGACCUAUUCCAGUCACAUUCAAGAGAGCCAUUGCUGCACUUUCUGUCUGGCAAAAAAUAAAGCUUGCUUGGGGCCUCUGUUUCCUGUCUGAUCCAAUCAGUAAAGAUGAUGUGGAGAAAUGCAAACAAAAGGAUUUACUAGAGCAAAUGAUGGCAGAAAUGAUUGGAGAAUUUCCAGAUCUUCACCGAACAAUUGUUUCAGAAAGAGAUAUUUAUUUGACCUACAUGCUGAAACAAGCUGCAAAAAGGACAGAACUACCUCGUGCUUCUGAAGCUGAACCUAGAAGAUGCGUCCCUUCUGUUGUAGUUGGGGUGGUCGGCAUGGGUCAUGUACCCGGGAUUGAAAAGAACUGGAACACCGAUUUGAAUAUUCAGGAAAUAAUGAGUGUGCCUCCUCCAUCCACGUCCAGUAAAAUCCUAAAGUUUGUUAUAAAGGCUACAAUAUGUGGACUGGUGGGUUACGGCUGCUAUCGGAUGGGACACAGGACAGUUCGGUUUAUUCUUUCUGUGCCCAUUGCACAGAAGUAUCUUCAGAAACUGACAGACGCAAAAUCUCAGCAUUGAUUUGGGAGACUCUUCAUCUGGUUGGGACAAAAUGGAAUGCACAAGGAAACUGGAAAACAGGGCAAGAGAGUUUUUGUUCCACAUUCUGUUCUGAUGCCGAGUUACUGCAUAAGCAUUGGAUUGGUAUUAAGUGCUACACCAGCCGCGAUCUAUACAAUUAAGUGUUUUCAUAUCAGUCUAAUAAAAUGUGUGGCAUAAACGUGUAUGCCAAUAUAAGGUACCUAGAAUAUGUACACAUAUAUUAUAUUAAUAUGUGUAUAUAGCAUAUUUAUAAUGAUGAAAUGAUACAAUAAGCCCAAUAUGAUCCACUGAUAACUUCCAACAAGUACCCUAAAAAUGAAUGAAACUUUUGCAAGAACCUAUACAGUUCUUCUCAUCACUGUACCUUGCACAGGAGAAAUGCUGAGUUUGAUGUGACCCUUGAUUUGUCUGUCAAAGGAACAGAAAAACAAUUGUGUGAAUUGUGUUCUAAUUAGAAAGCACAGUGGCCCAUAUGGUGUGUGUUUUCAUUAUCAGUAAUAUUGAGUUAUAUUUCCUGGAGCCAAGCAAUUCAAUCUUUAGAAGGAUCCCUUCUUACUGAAAAUCUUUUAUACAUGGUGGCUUUUUUAAAAGACAAAAAAAAAAAAACCCUGAACAAACUUUGGAAUAUCACAAAUAUGCUGGCUAUUGUUGAUAAAAUCAUUAUCUUUUGAAAGCCUUACUUGCUUUAAAAGUUGCCUUUAGCAUUACUAAGCAGACGUGAUCCAGCCAAAAUUAAGCACUUUAAAAUUCAAAUUGUAUAAGGCAGACAGCUUAUACAAUUCCCAUUCAGGAGUGCAGAACCUUGGUUGGAUCAUGCGUUUGCUUUUAGGCCUCUAUAACAAUCUGCCCCUCCCCUUAAAUGAAAAGUUUAGCUGCAGCCUAUCUGCUUUUUUUUUUCUUUAUUUCAGUUUCUGUUAGAAAACCUGUGUUUAUAAGGUCUCUCAGUUCCUAUUGGCGUGAAUGUCAGUGUUUCAAAAUUACUGAGAAAAUUAUACAUUUAUACUGUAGACUUUUUCAUUCCUUUCAUUCUUCCUUUUUGGGAAAAAAAUCUGGAACAGCUCUUUAUUUAGAAUUUAUCCUUCAUUUCUUGAAUACCAUGUGAGCUAUUACACAAUUCCAUGUGAAUGUAAUUAAAAUACCGAUUAAAAGACUAAAUGGAAUGUUAUUUUAACAGAUAUUAGUGUUUUUAAAUUGUCUGGAUUUUGCUAACAUUACAUUAUGGGUACUUUUCAACUAAUUGAACUUUUUAACAUCAUGUUUUUUUAAAAAAAACUGUCAUGUAUAUUUAAAUGCCAUUAGAAUUAGGAUUGUGUAUUUCUGUCUCCCUAUAGAUCAUAAUAACUGUAAUAUUCAACCCACUGAAAACAGAAGCUUAGGAUUAUAACUUGUGUUGAAUUGGCAAAAAAACCCAAACACCUUAUUUCUUCUCGUCUCAUUUUUUGAAGAUGGAUAAGAUGGAUAAAAGUGGAACAUUAGUAAUUGAAAUUACAAGUGGAUCUCAUUUAGUGACUGUCUUAUUUAGUGAUAGUAAUUACGAUGGUCCUUACUCUUGCACUUAUGACCAUAAAGUAAAGAAGAGCUGCAGUAAGAUCAUAAGCACAGUUGUAGUUUCACUUAGCAACUGCUUUCCUUAACAAACAAGUUGCUCUGAUUGCAUAUCUAGCAAUUGUGGUCGCUAAACGAGGACUACCUGUAACAGUUGUGCUCUGAUUGCAUAUUUAGCACAGCAAACAUGGGAAUCAAAACCUUUAACUGAGGGCUAUUGGAAACCUGCUUUUGAAAGGUUCUUGGGCUCAUCUCUGUUCCUUAGCAUAAUCUGGAACAGAAAAAUGUGCUUAGGUCCCACUGAAAAACUAGGACUUAAGCACCAUUGGCUGUAAGGGUCAGGUCUAUGCUUAAUGCUUGCCUUGGAGGCAAUGGCCUUAGUUUUUUUACUGCUGGUCUUGUAAUAGAGAAAUGUCAUCAUAGGUCGAGAUGGACUUCAAGACACUUUUCUUGAAAUCAAUUAGUAUACCAAUCAAAGUCCAAUGGGCUGUGUUCCCUAGCAGCAAGGGGGACAAAUAUUGCUAAUUGCAGCUUAAUUUCUUUUUUUUUAAUGGCAUUGUGCGCUGCUAUUAGAUCUACAAAAACAACAACCUGAUCUUGCUAGUUAAUUGCGUUAGAAACCAUUUGUUUUUGGGAUUGUGCCAAUCACUUGUAGUCAGUCUAGUAGUAGACAUCAGAGAUGUGAGAUUUCUACUCCCAACAUUCCCAACCAACAAGGUUGAAGAAUAUGGAUCCAUAAUAUGGGAUCUGAAUUCAAGAAUCAAAGUAGUUGUACAAGUAGUUGUACAAUUGGGGGGAGGGGGGAGGGAGAAACAGCCUUAACUAUAUAUAUUCCCCCUCAUGAUAAACCUGUCAGAACAAGCAUAGAGUCUGAUUCAUGAAAUGAUGGGGGAUUUAAUCAAUAUGUGUGCAAAGAUAGUGUCACUAUUCUUCAUAUUGCUUUUGGAUCAUGGCUAGAAAGAAAUUCCACUUAAACGUAUCAUGUACAAGCAGUGUUUAAUAAACCAGAGUACAGUGAUUAUGUUAAUUCUUAGAGUUUCCUUUCACUUUUAACACUUCAGUUAAAUCAAAUGUUUACAAGGAAAUUCUGUGAAAAUUAUUCUACUUUUUGAGGAAUUAGCUGAACUGAGGAACUAUAGAGUAUUACCAUUUACAUCUUAGUUCAUUGAACAGUUUAUAGUAUUUUCAAUCUUCAAGCACAGUUCUCUAUUUACUGGGAAAUAACUCCCAUUAAGUUUAGUGGGAAUUAGUUCAUAAUAAACUUGGAUAGGAUGCAGUGUUUUCCACAUCUGGCAAAUUAAAUGUUUACUUUGAAGUAUUUGUAAUUGGAUAAUUAUUACAUAAGGUUUUUAAAAAAGAUUCAUGGCAAACACAUGCCUUAACUUGAAUGGAUUAAUCAUGCUUAAUGAUGGACUUGAGGCACGCUGUGCUGUAUGUAUUUCCACUUGCCAAAAAUAAAUAAAAAUUACCUGUAUGCAGGUAUCUCAUCUUUACCAAUAAA